GCCGUAGCUGCCAGGCGGCAGGUGGCUAUCCCAUUCCUGGGGGCCCAAAGACCCCUGGUGAGAGCCUGGGGUGGCUCCCGGGCCUCCUCCUGCCCCCUCCCCACUGGCGGGGUGGAGUGGGAAGGGGGCGGGUACAGCCGGCUGAGAGCUCGAUGAUUUCCUGCCCUCGCCCGGUGCUCACCACAGCUUCCUGCCGCAGGCGGGCGGGCGGGCAGGCACAGGGAGAGGCGGGCGCCGAGGAGGGGCAGGUAGGGCCGGGACACGGGUGUCUGGGUCCCCCAACUUCAGUCGGGGCCCUGGUCUGACCACCCUGGGAGCAGAGACUUCCCACAGCCAGCUGGAAGCCCACUCGGCCCAGAAAAAGAGGGGACCCAUCCAGGGAGCCCCGGGGAGGGAACCGCCGCCUCCUCCUGGGCUCCCACGCCGCCUCCUGGGCUCCCACGCCGCCUGCUGCCUACCUGCCCCCUGCUGGGUCCGAUCUUCACCCAGUCCUUACCUGGUCCUCACCUCGUCCUCGCCUGGCCGUGGCUCUACCCUUGAGGGGCCUGGGGGGUAAGCCGGCCUGCUCCGAGCUCCCCUGCAGAUGGAGGAGACCAUCCUGGUCCCCUGCGUGCUGGGCCUCCUGCUGCUGCCCAUCCUGGCGGUGUUGAUGGUGCUGUGUGUGCACUGCCACAGGCUGCCAGGCUCCUAUGACAGCACCUCCUCAGAUAGUUUGUAUCCAAGGGGCAUCCAGAUCAAACGGCCUUACACGCUCGCCCCCAGGCCGCCCGCCUAUCCGCCUGUCACCUCCUACCCACCACUGAGCCAGCCAGACCUGCUUCCCAUCCCAAGAUCCCCACAGCCCCCCGGAGGCUCCCACCGGACGCCAUCUUCCCGGCGGGACUCAGAUGGUGCCAACAGUGUGCCGAGCUACGAGAACGAGGAACCAGCCUGUGAGGACGCGGAUGAGGAUGAGGACGAGGACGACUAUCACAACCCGGGCUACCUGGUGGUGCUUCCCGACAGCGCCCCGGCCACUAGCACUGCCGCCCCACCGGCUCCUGCGCUCAGCACCCCUGGCCUUCGAGACAGCGCCUUCUCCAUGGAGUCCAUUGACGAUUACGUGAACGUUCCGGAGAGCGGGGAGAGCGCAGAAGCGUCUCUGGAUGGCAGCCGGGAGUAUGUGAACGUGUCCCAGGAGCUGCAUCCUGGAGCGGCUAAGACGGAGGCUGCUACCCUGAGUUCCCAGGAGGCAGAGGAAGUGGAGGAGGAGGGGGCUCCAGAUUACGAGAAUCUGCAGGAGCUGAACUGAGGGUCUGUGGAAGCCAAGUCUGUCCGGGAACCAGGCUUGCCUUGGGAGGGCUGAGCUGGGCAGCUGGAAGAGGCUCUGGGGUCCUCACUUGGCAUCCUGCCCUGGCUCCAGCCUGACAACAGCCCAAGAGUCCCUCCCGUAACUUAUUAUCACUUUGGGGUUUGGCCUGUGGUCCCUGAACACGCUGCACCUUCUGACAGCCUGAGAGUGACCUGCUCUGGCCCUAGCCCUACUCUGUGUAAUAGAAUAAAGGCCUGUAUGUGUCUUUGUUGAGUGUGCGUCUGUGUGUGUGCACAUGUGCGAGUCUGAGUCAGAGAUUUGGAGAUAUCUGUGUGUGUGUGUCUGUGGGUCUCCAUCCUCCACGGGGGCUCAGCCAGGGGCUGUGAGUGACAGCAGACAGUGGCUGGGACACCUGCCUUCUGAAUGAGGCCUUCUGACCUGCGCUGGCGCUGCUGGGGCUCAGGACGCAUCACCCCAUGAGACGGUCCCAGGACAUGGCAGCUGCUGGCUGUGACAAUGGCUUCGCCGUCCUUAGACCAAGGCACUGGACCUGAUGACCUGGGAGGACUCUCUUAGUUCUUAACUUUUGUGGUUCUCAAUAAAACAGAACUUAAAAAAUU